AUGUCGAGCGACGACACGCUCAGGUCGACCGCGGAGAAGCAGCAAUCACAGACCACUGGGGCUGCCGUCAAUAAUAAUGCCGCUCUAGCUCGCACUGAACAACGCCAAGACAAAGAGGAGUCCUUUGCGCCUCCCGAAGAGGAGCGCCUUCGCUCGCGCACCAGCGACGUCGGCGAGGCCAUCGAGCGCCACUUCUCGACCGAAGAUGCCGCCUCAUUAGCCAGCAUCGACCGGCCUCCGAGUAGAGAAGAGGUCAAGCAGCCCGCCGCUUUAGUAUUUGGCCCGUAUUCUAUCGAGGUCCUCGCGUUGCUUGCGCCUGCUUCUAUUUUUGGCGUUCUGGCGAGGCUCGGGUUGCUUGCGCUCGUGAAGUACGACGGAGAGAGUAUCUUCACGCUGGCAUAUCCACAGGCUCUGGGAUGCUUAUUUAUGGGCAUGGCAUUAAUGCUCAAGGAGCCCCUAGGAAACUUUUAUGGUCCCCUAUACACUGCAUUCACGACCGGCUUCUGUGGCUCGUUAACUACGUUCUCCAGUUGGCAACUAGACGUCUUUGAUUCAUGGGUCAACUCAGGACACUAUCACCGCGAUUGGCUACGAGAUGUCAUCGAUGGCUGUACCAAGAUAUUCUUCACGCUGAGCAUAGCGUGGGCUUCUCUGUCUUUCGGCGUUCACUUCGCCCAUGGUCUACUGCCGUACAUACCGGUAUCGCGCCCACCAAGCAAACCAGUCCGAUAUACCCUUGCCGCCAUAUCACUUCUCAUGUAUGCCAUGACGAUUGUAACAUACUUCGAACUGUCAACUGCAUUCCGCCACCAAGCAACUGCAGCUCUCCUGUUUUGCUACCCCGGAACCCUCACGCGAUACCUCCUGUCCAUCAACCUGAAUCCGAGGUUGAAGACCAUGCCCCUCGGUACGUUGACCGCCAACCUACUCGGAACGGCACUCCUGGGCGUCUUCCACGUACUGCAGGGGCUCCCGUCACCCCUAUCUCCCAAUGCUUGCAGUCUCUUGCAAGGUCUAGCGGAUGGGUACUGCGGCUGCCUGACGACGGUCAGCACUUUUGCGGCCGAGAUCAGCGCUCUCACUAUUGAUGCUGGUUAUCAUGGGCUCCUCGUUCUGGGCGGGAGGGGUGAACGAUGCUACGGCGGGCACUUGUCGGUAUCCGUGAACGAGGUAUCAAAACAUGUCUAG